CCUACUGCAAUUAACUACUACUAAAUUUGUUGUGAUAUCUUUAAAAAACAAAAAUUAAGAAAAUGGCAAAAUCAUGUGAGAAUGGACAUCCAGUAAAGGCCUUUGGAUGGGCAGCUAGAGAUACUUCUGGUAUUCUUUCUCCUUUCAACUUUUCAAGAAGAGCCACGGGUAAAAAGGAUGUGCAAUUUAAAGUUAUGUAUUGUGGAAUUUGCCAUUCUGAUCUUCAUCAGCUCAAGAAUGAAUGGAGUAAUAGCAUAUAUCCAAUGGUACCUGGGUUAGUUCCAUUUUCUUACUUUUCAUUUAUUUAUUUGCAUAUGAAUUAAAGUUGUAUAUGAUGA